UUACAUAUGAAAUGAGUGAAACCGCGCGAUAAGGCUAGUGAUGUGUGUAUAAAUAAUUUUAUUUACGUACACAUUAAAACGCAUAAAUAGCAGGUGGCAUGCUGUCGUAUCCACUAUCUCGGAUAUUUUCGGCAAAGAAUGGAGUGUUUUGCAUCAUGUGCAGCUCCGACAACAGGGGGCGCGCCUCUUCUCUUCUCCUCAGCUUUGCAGUUCUUUGCUGCAUCACAAUGUAUACUCGCAGAGGGCUCAGUAUCAAAUCCUGAAAUACAAGAUUUUGAAAAGUUUAGCUUCAUAAUUGUUGGUGCGGGAACAGCUGGCAGCGUUUUAGCAAACAGAUUGAGUGCAAACCCGGAAUGGAAUAUUUUGCUCAUUGAAGCCGGUGGAGAUGCGCCAGUUGAAUCUAAUAUACCUGCUUUCAACACAGCCUUACAACAGACCAAAUAUGACUGGGGUUACCUGACCAACAACAAUGGCAUUACAAAUGGAGCUAAUAUAAACGGUUCCAUCAACUGGCCACGAGGAAAAAUGAUCGGCGGAAGUAGUAAUAUAAAUGCUAUGAUCUACGUACAAGGAAAUGAUCAAGACUAUCAAAAUUGGGUAGAUCUGGGUAAUCCUGAAUGGAGUGUAGAAGAAGUACGUCGAUGUUUCAAGAAAGCAGAAAGUUACCAAAAUAUGGAUUUAUUAAAAAAUCCUAAGAUCAGAAAUAACUACGGGGUCGAUGGCCCUCUAGUAGUUAACACAUUUAAUAGUACCCAAAGAACAGAAACUUUAAGAAUGUUAUCUGCGUGGAAUGAAAUUGGUAUCAAAAAUGUACCAGACCUAAAUUCCGCAAACAAUAUGGGAUCAGGAAUAUUAAGCGGUACUGCUGCCAACGGAGAAAGAGAAAGUCAUAGCAAAGCGUAUUUGAUUCCAAUACUUUCUAGAAACAACUUAAAAAUUAUGAAAAAUUCUCUCGUUACAAAGCUAUUAAUUAAUAACGCCACCAAGACAGUACAUGGUGUUGAAGUUGAACAUGAAUCGGCAACAUACACAUUUAUUGCUGAGAAUGAGGUUAUUGUUAGUGCUGGAGCUAUAAACUCCCCACACCUAUUGAUGUUAUCAGGAAUUGGACCUAAAGACCACCUUGAGUCCAAAGGAAUCCCAGUAAUUGUUGACUCACCUAUGGUUGGACAAAAUCUACAAGAUCAUCUUAUUGUUCCAAUAACUAUUUAUGGUGACGGGCUUAAGCAAACCAAUAUAAUCGAUCAACAAUUCGAUGCUAUUCGAUAUCUUUACAAUCGUACUGGUUAUUUGGCACAAUUCAGUUCAGCCGAUAUAUUGGCUUUCUUUUCUGAUUCCCAAAACGCAACAUAUCCUAAAUUUCAAAGUCACAUUUUACUGGCAGAGCAAAAUAAAGCAACUUUAAGAAGUUUACUUAAAAAUAAUUAUAGAUACAAAAAUGAAAUAGUAAAUCAAAUUACAGAAUUGAACAAAAAUCACACUCUUUAUAUGUAUAUGUUUAACCUUCUGCAUCCUCAUUCUAGAGGCAACAUUUCUUUAAGUUCCAGCAACCCACACGAUUAUCCAAUUAUUAAUCCCAACUACUUUAGCGACCCCAGAGACUUGGAAGCUGCUGCAACUGGAAUAAAAAUGCUUACCAAAUCAGUCGAUACUACAGCCUUCAAAGAAAUUAACGGCUUCUUAGGAAGAAUUGUAUGGCCACCGUGUGAUCGCUAUGAAUUAGACAGUAGAGAUUACUGGAAGUGUAUUAGUAUAGAGAUGGUACUUACUAUUUAUCAUCCUGUAGGAACGUGUCAGAUGGGACCAGAUCCGAAGACAUCAGUAGUCAACAGUCGUUUGAAAGUCCAUGAUGUUCGAAACCUUCGUGUAAUAGAUGCUAGUGUAAUGCCCACCACAACAAGUGGUAAUACUAAUGGACCAACUGGAAUGAUAGCAGAAAGGGGAGCAGAAUUAUUGCUAGAGGAUUACAACGAAUUAUGAAUUAUAGUGUAAUUUGUUUGUAAGUCUCAUUUACUCCUAAUUAUUUCAUUGUUAUGUAACCAUUAAAUGAGAUAAUAACAAGACAAAUGUAGUAUCGUAUUAGGAAGAACAAAAAUCUUUGUUACUAAGAUAUACAAUAAUUCAUUUUUUUGCACGAAAAUGCAAUGUUCAGUGUAAAUAAGUGAUAUUAGAAACACAACUGGUUUAAUUAGAAAGUCAUAGUUAUAAAUGUUCAAAAUUUUUAAUAU